AUGUCGACCUGUGGGCCAAAUCUCAGUCAAGCCAUGGCUUUCGAUUUAACUGCAAAUAAUACACACGUUUCCGAAGUCGGCAAUGGCUUCCAGGUCCAAAUAAUACGGAUCAAGUUCCACCUCAAUAUUGUCCCCCUACGCCAGAAUGUGAGAUUAUCCGUCUGGAGACACUGUGGAAUACGUGCCAGCAAAGUCAAGGCCCCAACGUUCCAAUGA